AUGACACUUUCCAACCGAUGUCAGAGCAGGCUCUGCGAUUAUUUCGUUGUUUGUGGAUUAGACAUCACAUCUGGUUUGGAACCAGAUUAUUUGUCUGGUGAUGUCUUGUGCCCUCCUAUUAGGAGGUCUUUUAAAGGUAAAGUUCUGCAACAUUUUCCAAAUAACAAUUCUGGAAAUCCUUUUGACAAUGAUUCAAUAUGCAUGCUUAGUUUGCCCAAAGGUUUACAAUUUGCUACUCAAAAACAAAUUAUCGAACCAAAUUUUCACAGUUUUGUGGUUACAAGAGAAGAUGGUAGUCGUUACUAUGGUUUCUCAUUUAUUUUUUAUGAAGAAGUUAAAAAUAAGCAAGUUUGCAAUGCCAUGCAUACUCUUCAGGCCAUGUACCUAACGGAGUUAUCCAGUGCAAAUUUUACUAAAAAUAAGCAAUUUAACAAUUCAAAAUCAUUACCAAAGCAUUUCAAAAUAUCAAAUAAUCAAUCAUCACAUUAUUACGAUUGCAAUAAAGACAUUCUUUAUGUAACUAAAAGUAUUGUUGUAGUCAUGCAAUUGCCUUUUGUUACAGCAAGUCAAAAAUUUUUGUAUGCUCUGCACAAGUAUGCAUUUUCAAAACAUGAAGUUCCUGAUGAGCUCUCUUUAGAAAGCUAUGUAUAUUAUUUUUUGUAUGAAAUUCCUAUGCCUCAACCAGGUCGAAGUGUUCAAUUUCAAAUAGUCAACUUAAAAGAAAAUUUAAUUCUUCAAAGACCGAUUUCAAUAGAGGAACUUCCAAUAUUAGAUUUUUCAAUACAUUCGCUAUUUACUUUGCUCAGUGUUGAUGUCAUUUUGCAAUUAUUCACUUGUAUAUUACUUGAACACCAAGUUUUAUUAUGUUCCUCGGAUUUUCAAACACUCAUGUUGGUUGCUGAAUGUUUAACUAGUUUGCUUUUUCCAUUUUCUUGGCAACAUGUUUAUGUUCCCAUACUACCCAAUAGUCUUCAUCAUUUUCUCGAUGCUCCCGUUCCUUUUAUAAUGGGAAUACACUCUUACGAUGCUCAAAUCAAACCUACCGUUUCAGGAGACUGGUGUUAUAUAAAUAUUGAUAAUAACGACAUUGAAAUACCAGAAGAAUUGCCAACGUUUCCAAAAUUCAACGAAUUCCGUAGCGAAAUAUAUAAUUUACUUAAAAAAUUUAAUAUUUCGGCAAACGUGACGAAUCCUUCUAAAUUUUUCAAUACCAUGACAAAUAGCGUGAUAGUCUUAGAUUCUGAGGGUAAAAGUUCUGAUCAAAAUCGUAUAAAUCAUUAUUUAAAAAAAAAUUCCGAGGAAAUCGAAGAAUUGGAAAAAAAUAAUUUCAAAGACGUUCAUAAUAAUUGGACAUACGAAGACGAGCUUAAAUUUAAUAAUAGCGUUCGCGAAACUUUUCUAAAUAGAUUUGUUAACAUAUUUCAUUCGUACGAGCAUUUCGUCAUAUUACCAAACGAGAAAGAAAAAACGGAAUGGCUUAGAGAACGGGAAACGAUGCAAAAUUUUGAUAAAGCGACAUUUUUAUCCGACCAAGCAACUCAUCAUCUUCCAUUUCUUUCGCAAUUUUUAGAAACUCAAAUGUUUGCAAGUUUUAUAGAUUCUAAAAUUUUAGCCACGUUUAACGAAAUCGAUCCGAAUUUGAGAGUUUUCGACAAACGUAUUAAAAAUUCAAGAAAACGUAAUUGUAGGGAUGUAACUGGCAAAAAAGAAAAACACGAAAGUUGCGAAUCUGCAAUACGGGAGUCGUUGCUUCUCCUCGAAAAAAGGUUUUCGACCGUCGACGUUUUCGUUCCGGCUCCCACAGAAGUUUUACGCUGUAGCGAACCUAUAAAAUAUUCUAAUAAAACACCUGGCGUUUUUCCUUUCUUAGAUGCAUCGGCUUUGAAUAAAGAACCUGUUAAGAGGAAUCCACCGUAUAUUCAAUGGCCGCAACAAAGAAAACAAAAUGAUCUUUUAAACGAUGAAAAUUCCGGUACGACGUUGUCAAGCAUUAGUUAUCAUAAUAAAUUAAAUAAAAAUACAUCGGCUUUAGAUCAAAGUCCGGCAAGGUUGGCUCAAGCAAAUUGGAACUUUGUCGAAAAACUUUUGAAGGAUUGCAAACUCAAAACGAAUCGUAUGGUACUGGAAAAAAUGGGAGCCGAGGGUUUGAUACUGGGUAAAGAACAAAUUGGUAACAUCGAAGAGAACACAUUGAUAGCAUCGUUGUGCGAUUUACUCGAAAGAGUUUGGUCACAUGCCGUCCAACAAAAACAAGGGAAAUCAGCACUUUGGAAUCAUUUGUUGAAAUAUCAAGAAUACGAAGAAAACAGUUUGAAAACCCCCGAUAUAAAUUACGUAAAAAAGGACUCUUCGUCGUCUUUGGGAAGGCACGUGGAUAAAAAUUUAUCACUGGGUAAUAACUCUUCGGUCACUCCAGAUUUUCGAUCACUCGAUAGAAAAUAUUUAGAUUCGACAAAUGAAAAUGCUUUGUUGACUCCCCUCCCGCUUUCUGUUACUUUCGAUAUAAAAAAUGUUCAGGCUAUGACCGAGAUAAAAUCUCAAAUCGGUUACGCAAGAGCUUGGAUUCGUCUCGCGUUGGAAAAAAAAUUAUUGUCCUGGUAUUUGCACAAAUUGUUAUCGGCCAAAGAUUUAUUGAAAUCCCAGUACAAGAGAAAUGCUUUUCUUCGAUGCGAAGAAGAAAGAGAACAAUUUCUAUACCAUCUUCUCAGUUUAAACGCCGUCGAUUAUUAUUGUUUUACAAACACGUACCUGACGACGAAAUUGCCAUACAGAGUCAUUAUUAUCCCUUCGAAAAAGUUGUACGUUUCUACUGUUAUUUCAAAUGCUUGGGUAGCUAUUUCCGGUACCAUCGGAGAAACUUCGCAAGUUUCCAUUCCGAAAGGAUCCAUGGAUUUUAUCGUCACGCACAAAAAUUUAGGAAUGUUGACGAGUUUAAGAAUAGGACAAGACACGAAUGGGACUUCGGGGAAUUGGAUGCUUGAAAAAAUAUUGAUUCGAUGCGAAGUCACCGGUCAUACUUUUAGGUUUCCGUGUAGAAGAUAUUUGGGAAAAGGAGUCGAUGAUGGGAGCUCGGAACGUUUACUAAUAGCCGAAUUAAUACGGUCAAAAGAAGAUUUAAAUGUUAAUGAUACUUCUUGUAAUGCUAAAAUUAAUAAUUUAGUUCAGUGUAGGAGUCCUCUUUUGUCGAGAAAAGAAAAUAAAUUGAGCCUAUCAGAAAUUCAACACAUGAUAGGUGAUUCUGUAAAUAGCGUCGUUAAAUAUUUUCACAGAUUUGCAACUUCUCGACAGCGGGAAAAUCGUGCUAAAUUAACUCCUCUCCUUUGUGGUGAAAUGGGUCUCGUUCAUUCAUUAGAACAAGCUUUUUUGUACGGAUUCAAAUCGAAAAGUUUCUUCGGUCGAAAUUUAUAUUUAUGGGAUUAUUUUCUUCGAGUCAAAGAACAAUUUGAUAUACUCUUACAAGAAAGUCGUUAUAAUAAACACGCGGAUGCUGGAUCUUCGCUGGAUAGAAAAUUAAAAAAUAUCAAUUUGCGACACGAUGAUAAUUCGGAUAUUGAAAAUGAAAAUAACACGGGGAGGCAGAGUAGAGAGAAAAUGAGGAGACGACCCGAUUUGGAUCACAUUCCGAGAUCAUCCGGAUUGCAAACUUUUGCCCCGCAUAAAAAUGUCAGGAAAAAUUCUCAGACGAGAACAAACACGCAAAAAGACAAUGCAACCGAAUGUAAUAAAAUGACGAAUUCGACGACGGAUUCAAAUAAAUUGGUUAUGGAAAAAUUUAGGGAAAUUGUAUCGAAAAUAGAAAAUUGUCCGAGGCCGUUUGGAAAAGAUGGAAAAUUUCAAAGAUUUAUAUGUUUUGGAGUGAGUUCGAUAACUUCCGGAAUAGAAAUAAAUAAUUGA